AUGGAUACUUUCGAGCCAAGCAUAGACGAGGAGACCGUAUACGAGCACCGUUUGCGAGCAGACAGCUUAGCGCCAGUACCGGACCAUCUGGAGCGAUCCAGUACGUCAGAGUCCACGGAAAUGCCCGCUCAGCGUGAUGCAGUCACAACCACAGCAACGCCCGUGGUGGUGUCUCGAGUUCAAGCGUCGCCAUCUCGUCCGCGGCCAGGUCGUAGUCCGUUUGAGCGUGUGGGCGACAGGAAGAUAAGCAACGCGAUCGAGGAUCUGGAAGAUAUGGUGCAAGAGGCUGUGGAUGUUGCCGACGAUACUGCAGACUGUGGCCAGGUCGAGGAGAUAUAUGAAAUUAUCGAAGACGCAAGAAAAGCAAUAGAAGAAGCAUCUGGUGAUCAUCCCAGAAACCUCAUGACUGGGCCUACCAGUCCCGUAGAAGCUCCGUCAGUGUCGCUUCUUCGUCUUCAAGUUCAAGCGGUGAUGAAAGAGGCCGCUCAGGGCGUAGCACUCGAAGUGACCUACUCCUUCCGCCGAAUCCUACGCAAAACGCGCCAAGAGAGCACGUGGAUUUCGUUCUUCGUCCUGUGGCUCGAGAUCUUUCCCGCGGUCGGCCAUAUCGACGCAUUAGAAGGGAGCCAGCAGUGCGCAGCCGAAAGCAUCGGCGCCAUCAGCAACUGGCAAGUCGGAGCAGCUCUGAUCGAAAGGCGAAAUCAAAGUCUGUAUCGCGAAACAAAAGGCAACGUUCUUCCGAGUUCAGCCUCGCUGACGAAUCAUUCGACGAAGAAGCUCUGCCACAACAAUACGGCGAGAACCUUCGUGUCCGGGAUCAGGAACUGGGGCACUGGCAAGAAACGGCUGACCGCCAUCAUUGCGUGCAUCAACACAGCCCUUCUCGGCAUCAUCAUUGGAGUCUACGCAGGUGAGGUGCCACGCAUUCAGUACUAUCUCGCAGACGAAAGCCAUGUUUCCAUCCUCGGCAACGUUGUGCUGUACAUUGGCCUCGCCAUCUCCACCUGCAUAGUCUGGCCACUGCCACUGCUUCAUGGCCGCAAGCCCUAUAUACUGGCUGCCUUGGCGCUUGCCAUGCCGUUACAAUUUCCCCAGGCGAUGGUCAUCAGUGCUAAAAGAUCGCCAACCAGACAGAGCUUCCGAGCAGGACUCCUUUGCGCUCGUGCAGCAACCGGGCUCGUUCUUGGGUUUGCGAACGUGAACUACAUCACUGUGCUGCUUGACCUGUUCGGUGCAUCGCUGCAAAGCAAGAACCCUCAUCAAGAGUACGUUGUACCAAACGAUGUAAGGCGGCAUGGCGGAGGCAUGGGUUUGUGGCUUGGGAUCUGGUCCUGGUGCUGGAUCGCAUCGCUCGCUGUCGGUUUCAUGGUCGGUGCCGUGAUCAUCGAACGUUUGAGUCCAGACUGGGGCUUCUACGUCGUCAUCAUCCUACUGGUUGCUGCACUGGUGCUGAACAUCAUCGCACCCGAGACUCGGCGUGCAGCCUAUCGAAAGUCGGUUACAGAGGUUUACGAUCGUGAUGAGAACUACAUCACCCGGCGCGUCUCUCGUGGCGAGUGCAAACUGCACAUCUCGACGGAAGGACCGCAGUACUGGUUCGAAGAGGUCUGGGCUGGGUUGAAGCUCAUGGCCAUGAUGAUGUGCCAGCCAGGCUUCUUUGUGCUGGCUCUGUACUUGGCCUGGAUCUAUGCACAAGUAGUGCUCGUCAUCAUCCUGCUUGGCUCGUUGCUUUCGAGAAACUACAAAUGGCAGCCACGCUUCGUAGGAGCUGGUGUUAUGUCGAUUGCUAUCGGGGCCUUCCUGGCGCUCCCCCUGACCAAAGCUAGGAUCUUUUCGCGCGAUCGGAAGAAUUCGUUUCGAACAGACAGCAUGACGUUCCAGAAGCAAGUCACUUGGUCUUCGCAUCUCGUCCGACGUGCAGUCUUUACGAUUAUGCUCCCACUUGUGGGUCUGGCCUACACAAUCUCGUCGGCUGGGCGCCCAAGACCGUUCAUGGUACCGAUUGCGUUUUCAGGCGCUCUUGGUUUCUUCAGCAUACUUGCCAUCGCUGAGUGCCACGGUCUGAUCAUGGAGACGUUUGACACGUGCGACCUGCAGCCUGGGGUCAACACCAGACAUCGUCUUGAGUCGAUGGCCGUACAGGAUCGACGCCGUCGCACCAACUACACGUCGUUUCCGCGCGUUGCAGCGGGGAUCUUUGCUUCUCAGACACUGGCCUUCAUCGGCGGGGCUGUGGCUACGGAAGUGGGCGGCAUCAUGACACGGCGUCUGGGUGCUCAGACAUCGACUGGCGUAACGGCAGGGAUUCUAUUGUUCUUGACUCUUCUGCUCACCAUGGCUCUCUUGCGCUUCAGAGAGGUGCAGGUCAUUCCCAACCACACGUUUGGCACGCGACGGGACACGGCAGCAUGGGAAGAGUUUGGACAGCUUGAGAAGAUGGGCAGAGGCAGCGACUGGAAGGCUGUGGUGAUUGGCAACCCGAGCGGGAAGAUGCGCAGGAUGAGCGUGCUGGAGCUGGGUUCGCUGAGCCGCUGGACAGAGAUCAGAAAGCUCAACUUCCUGCUGAAGGGCCCGCGACUGGGCGAGGCGAGGUCUGGAAAGGAACCGAGGACGUGGCGAGACGGGUGGUAG